GAACUAAACGUCAAAUAUUCGAACUGUCAAAACAAGUUCAGACAUUUAUAAAAAAAAACGUUUUCUUUUAGAUUUAUCAUUACCAAAACCCCCAAAAAACUAUCGUUUCAUUCAAAAUAUGUCGUGAUAAACUACAAAUUUUCAAAUUCAAGCUAAAUCAUUAAACUACAAGUGACAUAACAAAGCCUAACCUCCAGAUGCAUAUUUCGCAACGAUGAUAAAAAGAUUCUUCAAUACAUUUCUCGAACACCCAGGUAUACCUAUAGCAAAUCCAGAUCUGAUACCAAAUUCUAAAUAUGUAGUAAACACAGUAUUUGCUUCUAAAGAUUUGGAAUCUCUGAAUUGGUUACAUGCUUAUGCACCUUGCUUUCCUGUAAAAGCUAGUUGUAUUCGUAUAUUGAACGAACCAUCGGAUUUUUAUAAUUGUUUGCUAAGUAAAUGUCAAGAAGCUAAACGUAGGAUCACUUUAGCAAGCUUGUACAUUGGCACAGAAGAACCUGAAACAGAAUUAGUUCAAGCGAUACAGAAUAACCUCAAUAGCUCUCAAGGACGUUUAAAGAUCAAUAUCCUUUUGGAUUUUACACGAGGCACUAGAGGUGCCAAGGAUAGUAAAUCUGUAUUACUACCUCUUCUUCAAAAACAUAGAACAUCGGUUAAUUUAUCUUUGUACCAUACACCUUUACUCAGAGGUUUGACAAGGAAACUAAUACCUCCAAGAUGGAACGAACUAAUGGGACUACAACAUAUGAAAGUCUACCUCAUAGAUGACACAGUAAUAAUGAGUGGAGCCAAUUUAUCCAAAAACUAUUUUACCAAUCGACAAGACAGAUACAUUAUGAUACAAGAUGAAGCUUUAGCUGAUUUUUAUGAUGAGUUCAUAUCACGAGUGCAACAGUUUAGUUUACAAGUCAAUGCUGAUGAUACAAUAGGGCUGCACAAAGAUUGGAAGUAUUAUCCUUAUAAAGGAGAUAGAUCAAAUUUUGUAAACACGGCUAGAUUGAAAGUUUUAGAACAUUUUGAACAAUCUAUGUAUAAAUAUAACACCGAAGAAGAUGCAGAUACUUGGGUAUUUCCUUUAACAGAAAUGGGUCAAUUGGACAUUCAUCACGAUAGUGUUGUUACACAUAAAUUGUUAUCAGAGGCCCCUCAGAAUUCAAAAUUAAAAUUUGCUACAGGUUAUUUUAAUCUCACAAAGGACUACGCACACACAAUUGUUAAUAAUUGUAGAGCACAUUGUUCCCUGUUGAUGGCUCAUCCAAAUGCAAACGGUUUCCAAGGUGCCAAAGGACCAGCUGGAGGUAUACCUGCAGCAUAUUCUCUGCUCGCAAACAAAUUUUGUACACAAGUUAAAGAAGCUGAACAACAAGAACGUGUAGAUGUAUUGGAAUACCAAAAACCUGGUUGGAGCUACCAUGCUAAAGGACUUUGGUAUUAUCUUCCCGAAACAGAUCUUCCAGUUUUGACCAUUGUGGGAUCUUCAAACUUUGGUGAAAGAUCUGUAAAUAGAGAUCUUGAAGCCCAAAUGUGUAUUGUUACAUUAAGUAAAGAUUUGCAACAAAGGCUUGAGAAUGAAUGCAGACAACUGUUUUCAAGAGGCUCAAGAGCCGAAGCAAAGUUGGAAGAGAGGUUUAUUCCUAGAUGGGUGAAAUUGGUUGUCGGACUUUUUAGACAUUAUUUUUAAAAGACAAUAUUUAUAGGUAGCACAAUUUUUAAACACCAAAAUGAGAUAUGUUAAUUAUGUGAGGUUAAUUUUAUUUAUGUUUGUUGUUUUGUGGUUUGAUAAAUGUGAUAUUUCUAACUGUAUGGAUAG